GGAUCACGAGUGUGUUGGCUUUCUCCUUCUCAACAAGGGUGUCACUGCGUCACCGAGGGCAUGUCUGUGCUGUUGGGGUGACCUUGUGCUUCCCCCCCCUUUGGCUUUGCAACGUGAGGGGCAAUUGAAUUUCGGUCACCCUUCCCCCCUUUGGUUUCGCAACGUGAGGGGCCAUUGAUUUUUUUUAAACCUCAGAAGACUCGACAUGCCAUUUGGCCAGGUCGUGAUUGGGCCACCCGGGUCCGGCAAGACAACCUAUUGCAAUGGGGUGCAGCAAUUCCUGCAAGGGAUGGGGAGGAAGACGGCGAUCAUUAACUUGGACCCGGCAAACGAUUGCCUCCCGUACGAGUGUGCAGUGAAUAUUGAGGACCUGAUCACACUCUCAGAUGUGGUGGCGCAAUAUGGACUUGGACCAAAUGGAGGCCUGGUGUAUUGCAUGGACUAUUUGGAGAAAAAUAUGGACUGGUUAAAAGAAAAACUUCAACUAAUUGCAAAAGAUCACUACCUCCUUUUUGACUUCCCCGGUCAAGUGGAGCUCUUCACCUUGCACAACAAUGCCAAAAAUAUCAUUGCAGAGAUGACCAACCAAUGGGACUACAGGCUGACUGCUGUCCAUUUAGUCGAUGCCCAUCUUUGCAGCGACCCAGGGAAAUAUCUCAGUGCAUUGCUCCUGUCUCUGAACACAAUGCUUCACCUUGAGCUGCCACAUGUAAAUGUCUUGUCAAAGAUAGACCUCAUUGAAAAGUAUGGAAAACUAGCUUUUGGACUGGACUUUUACACUGAUGUGUUAGAUUUGAGCUACCUGCAAUAUCACAUGAAUCAAGAUGCAUCUCAUGCAAAGUACCGGAAGCUAACAGCGGCACUCUGUGGAGUGGUCGAGGACUUUGGACUAGUCAACUUCACCACACUAAAUAUCCAGGAUAAAGAAAGCGUAAACGAUCUGAUGAAGCUUGUAGACAAAAGCAAUGGAUAUGUGUUCGCCGGCAUUGAAGGCAACAUCAACGAGUUUUGCAAAGUCGCGGCUGGACCCCUCAACUGGGAUUACUACAGAACAGGAGAGAUACAGGAGAAGUACAUGUCGGAUGAGUUCAUCGAUGAUUUUCCUGAUGACUGAUCAGCAAACCGGGCGCGCUGAUACGGUGCAAAGAAAGACGUCUACAUCGUUGUGCAGUGGGACUGUUCAGCAAACCGGGCGCUGAUACGGCGGAAAGGAAUACGUCUACGUCGUUGUGCAGUGGGACUGAUCAGCAAACCGGGCCUUGAUACGGUGAAAAGAAAGACGUCUAUGUCGUUGUGCACAGUGGGGUGGAUGGUUUUCUGUGUGCAGUGGAAACCCACUGAACACCAGCGGCGGCUAAAGGCACGGCGAAGUGAGGGAUGCAGGAAGCUGCGGAAUGUAUGUGUAUCCCAUACUGACUAAGCUGUUGAAGUCACAGGUACAUCCAGCUAUCGGCCGCGGGCACCUGUCAGAAUCCAAAACGCGACACAGGGCACCGUUUUGUUUUUUUUUAUCGAAGGUGUGCCUGCGCCAUCUUUUUCGGAUGGCCUCUCGUAGGUGAUGAGUUUUUUUUCAGCAAGACUGGGGCUGUGUUCUGGCGGCUUAAGGCGUUGGAAUGCUGACGAGAUGACAGGCUGUCAGUAGGAGGCAUGCUGCUGAUGACGUUGCAGGGUGUUAACCGUUAACGAGUCUGCGAGCCGUGCACGAAUCACUGAAUCAGCACCCUCAGCUUCAGAGUAGAUCAAUGGCCUUAUUCUACUCCAUCUCCAAAGCUCUGAAUUCUCCAGCAAACCAAAUGUAUGGGGCGAGAGAGAGAGAGAGAGAGAGAGAGAGAGAGAGAGAGAGAGAGAGAGAGAGAGAGAGAGAGAGAGAGAGAGGCGAAGAAGGGCCGGCGUGGGGGAGGGGGAGGGGGAGGGGGAAUGUUUCGGGCAAGGACAGCAUGAACAGGAUUUGCAUCCAGAAUAGGAGGACAGUGUGUGUGCCGUCACAUGAGUUCCUCUUGAAGUGGUCACUUUUUGAUACGUGACCACCGGGGGCUCGAUGGUUAUUUGCCAUUGCAGAUUUCAUCAGUGUAUCGAGUAAAGUUCAGUCACUAGGUUUUGUAGGGGUUUAUGCACUUUAGGGUGUUUGGAAUGAGCAUGUCGAUGUCGCUGUUCAUCUCCACCACUGCUAUUGGCGCCUGGUUCAGGCAGGCCCUGUUUAGUCUUUGUUCCAUGGGAAGUAUGUUUGCAGAAGUCAUCCCAUGUGUGUGGCUUUGGAGGGACAAUAUGAACUCUAUUUCCUGGACAGUGUGUUUUGUGUGUCCUUGUCAAUACGGCCUGUGGGCCAUUUGUUGGGUAAUCAACAGCAAUUUUUCGU